CAUGGCCUCCAAGCCGCCACCGCCGUCUCCCGCCCACCUCCUCCGCACCCACGGUGCCGCGAUAAAGGCCCUCGCGUUCUCGGACGACAAUGAACGGCUCUACUCUGGCGACGCAGAUGGCACGGUCGCUGUUACCAACACGCGCACGCUGCGGCCCGUCGCGGUGUGGAAGGCGCAUACCGAUGGCUUGCUUGGGAUCCAGGAGUGGGAUGGACAGAUCAUCACGCAUGGCAGAGACAACAAGCUGCACGUCUGGCAGCGCGUCCAGGAGCCCGCUGCAGCUCUGGGCAACUCUGCAGCCCCGUUAGGCCUGCAGACGCCCCAGCUAUGUUAUUCUAUGGAUGUGAAUGCGCUGAACUACUGCCGAUUCUCGCUGCUGCCCUUGGCGGGUGCUUCUUGUACCAAGGAGUGUCACGCUCUCAUCGCGGUGCCGAACCUCGUCGAGUCUUCCUUUGCAGACGUAUGGACGUUGUCGUCUCGGAAGAGGAUGCAUGCUGCAAUUGGCAAGGGGGGCCGCCCUGAUGUCCCGUCCCUGGACGGCCGCAGUACAAACUCCACUGGCAUCAUUAUGUCAAUGCACCUAUACGAAAAUACGCAUCCGCACACUUCCGGCCGCACGAGCCUUCGUUUGCUGUGUGGUUACGAGAACGGUGCUGUCACAUGCUGGGGCUAUACGCGCACGGACAAGGAAACGUCCAUCGAGGGGAUAGGCUGGGACGCGCUUUGGAACGUCAGGCUGCAUGUAGAGUCAGUGAUGGCGAUGGCAGUUUCCCGGGACAACUCAUUCGCGUUGACAGUCUCUGCGGAUCAUCUCAUCGGUCGUUACGACAUCAGGACAAUUGAAGAAGACAAUGCGGACGCGGACACAGCAUGCACGGCUCAUAGAACAAAACACCCCGGCAACGCGUCGAUUGACAUUCACCACGAUGGCCGAGUAUGCGCAGUCGGUGGAUGGGAUGGCAAAAUCCGGCUGUACUCUACGAAGAGCCUGAAGAGCCUCGGCGCGCUUGAAUACCACAAGACGAGCUGCCAGGCGGUCGUGUUCGCCCGACCAUACCCACCGAGCGGUGCCGAGGGUAGCACGAACACCGACGAGGCCGAUGACGAGAUGGACGAGGGGGACAAGGUUGAGCGGGGACGAUGGCUCGCUGCCGGUGGGCAGGACCAGCGCGUCUCGCUGUGGACAUUGAUGGACUUUGACGGGUCGCGGGAGAAGUAGGAAUAUCAUUCUUACCAUCCAUAGCCAGUUCUCGUAGAGUAGUAUAACAUGACCAGCUCGUGAGGGUCUAAAGCCGCAAAUCGGAAAGUCUUGAGCCUGCA